AUGCCACGAGGCACGAGCAAGAGUAGUGGAAUGACAACUAUCCCGUUGAAACGAAAGGACAAACGAACGCGAGCAUAUUUUCCCAAGACAAGAACUGGUUGUUGGACUUGCAGAAAACGGCGAGUCAAAUGUGACGAAAAAAAGCCAGAUUGUGCUAGAUGUGAGGCUUCGGGUUUCAAAUGCGAUGGGUACUCUGCAGACGCAUUUUCACAUGCUCACAGGCGCGCAAUUGUUGUUCAGAAACCGCAGCCAAAGAGAAAAUCUGGUGCAACUCAUCGUGCUAUACUACCCUCGAAAGCACCUAAAACAGCUCGUAUAAACAUACGAGUCCUGCGACCAAGGAGUCCCAUCGUCGAAACCGAACAAGAAUACCGGUACUUUUGUUUCUUCACGGAAAGUACUACACGACGGCUAUGCGGAUUCUUCGAAUCAAAACUAUGGAGUCAUCUAAUGUUGCAAGCUGGCGAAGAGGAACGGCCAAUUCGGCAUGCUAUGAGCGCUAUAGGGGCUCUUGAUUUGAUAUUGCAUACGAAAGAGCAAAGGUCGCAAAGGUCAACUAUAGAGGACCAUCAUAUGUUCGCUAUCAAACAGUAUGAUAAAGCAGUGAAAUUGAUGAAGGAAGAUAUCGCUGAGAGAGGCCAUUCAUUAAGAACAGCCUUACUCUUUUGCUUGCUCAUUGUAUGCUUUGAGAAUCUUUAUGGGACACAACAAUCCGCUACUGUACACAUCAUAGCUGGAAUCCGUCUAAUAGAAGCAUACCAUCAUGAACAUACAUCUAGAAGCGACACGCCUCAUCUUCAAAAGCCUGAGGAGUCCGAUGCGUCGACCGAUUCGGUUACUUUUGGCAUAGCUUCUCCAGUGCCAAGUGACGUAGAAGAUGAAAUCUACCAGGCCUUCGGCUUACUAGAAAUCGCUUCGUUGAGCUUCAAUGUUGACGGUCGAGGCAUGGCCUACCAUAUGUUAGCUAAGGAUUCUGGAUCCUCGUGUGUAAAGAACAUGCCUUCGCGAUUUGCAUCUCUCCCGGAAGCCAAGGCCUAUUGGGAUCUCAUCAUGCGUCGUCUUUUGCAUCUUUUGCCCACGUUGAAUACCGCACAAGCAACAAUGCGCGGCUACGAGGAUGAUAAUGAGACAGCUAUCAUGAAGAAACCUUCUUCAGUUGUGAUCGAAGAACAAGAGAGAUAUCUUGCCGAAUUAAUUUCUUGGCACGAGGCUUUCACACCAGUCUUGCAAAAGUGCCGUCUCUUCCCGAGCCAGAGAGAUUUUGCAGGUGCCACAAUCCUAAAAUUGCGCUGGAUUCUCUGUCGCAUUGCCAUUAACUCCGCAUUGAUCCCAUCGCAAGUCGCUCUUGAUCAGUACUUGGAAGAUUUCCGCGAAGUCCUUAAUUCAGCAAAAAGCUUAAUGUCUCAUCCAGCAUGGACAGGCAAGUUCACAUUUGAUUCUGGAAUCAUCAGUCAGAUAUAUGUUGUUGCACUCAAAUGUCGAAACUUUCCAAUUCGAUCGGAAGCUAUCUCAUUGUUGUUGUCGAAGUCAUGGCGCGAGGGGGUGUGGGAUAGUGCUGUGGCUGGCAAUAUUGCUAGAGCAGUUGUGGGCUUGGAAGAGGAAGGUAGAGAAGCUGGCUUCAUACCUGAGAGUAAGAGAGUGUAUCAGACCUCUAUGCGAUUCGAUUUACAAAAGCGGAUUGGAACAGUGAAUUGCUUUAGAAAUAUUAGUAACCCGUCCGAAAGAGAGCACCCGAUUACGAAGAGCAUCAGGUGGUAA